GAAGUUCAUUUGCCCUUCUUAUGAAGAGGAAUCAGUGUAAGGUUAAACGCAUUUGAUUUUCAUGAUUUUCAUAGUCGUUAGAUGGUUAGCAGACUUAACAGAUGGUUCUAUUAAAUUUUAAUUUUCUAUUACAGAUGGCGCUUCAAAGGCAGCAAGGUGCUCCGCAGUAAAUAUGUUUUGUUGAUGAUAGUGCUGUUAAACAUUGUGGAUUGUGCCCUCGUUCUUGGUGAACUUGUCCUCGACCUACAUCAUGUAAAAAAUAUCAUAACAGAUACCGAAACAAUGUCCCUAACAUUCCAACAGAAUUUAUCUCUAAGAUAUCCAGACAAGUUUUCUGUAGAGGAUACGAGGCAGGGCCUACAAAUAGCUUACAACACUGUUCUUCAAGCAAAGUUAACAUGGCCUUUAAAACAGAACAACACGGCAUUUAGACCAAAAACCGUGAACAGUUCUUUUCCAAUAGUGCCGGCUGUUCAAAGACCAAACACAUCCGAGAGUAAUUUAGACAUGAGACUUGUAUUAGAACCUGGAGAUCAUCCUUCAAGGAAGAGAGCCAGGCGGUCAGCUGGAAAUGAUGACGUCACAACAGGAAAUCAACUUGAGCCCAGUAGUAUCGAAGAAAAGCUUGCCAGUGCUUUCCACGGUCUCAGUCUCUUCAUUGUAGUGGUGCUUCUAACUGAGACUGCCCUGAAGGUUGUCUGCUUUGGGAAGCACUUUUUUAACCAGAAGUUAGAGGUAUUCGAUGCCUGUAUAGUAUUAGCCUCGUUUACAGUGGACUUUGUAUUUGUAAAUGGAAUGGCGGCUGACGACAUUCAGGACUUUGUUUUCAUCCUGGCAUUUAUGUUGCCAUGGGGAGUGAUACGAGUUGUCAACAGUUUGGUUGUUGCAGUACGUGAUCACGAACACUUCCGAUUAAAACUUCUUUACACACAGAAAAAGAAAGUUGAACAAGAAAACAAACAACUCCGACAGGACAAGGACAAGUACACUGAACAGAUAGAUUCCAUGCGUAGGCUUUGUUUGGCUGAAGGAAUUGAUGACUGGAAAAUUCAACAAACUAUUGCUCGACAACCAGUAAAACCUGGAAAAGGAAUUAUGGGAUCUUUUGCCAGUCUUGCCCUUGGUGCACUUGGGGGACACAAGUCAAACGGAUCCAGUUUCUGGAAUCUAUUGGCCACUCCAAAACUACGUCGUGGCAAAUCAGAGGAAUGGGAGGGAAAGACCGGUGUCCAAGUUAAAGAGGACACAAGAUCAUUGAGGUACACCGACAGGGUGUGGACAGUAGCAGGAACCUCAGACCUUCAUAAGAAAAACAAAAAGGCAAGGUCUCUGUCACAUCAGAGCACAGUCGAUAGUGAUCCAGGAACGCCCACAAUCAUUAAGGGGAGGCUGAAGGCCAUCAAAAGAUUCUUGAGACGCCAGGAUCCAGUGGAUAACGCAUCCUUUUCUUCAAUGGAUACCGUAGAGAAGGACUCUAAGUGCUCCUUGAACAACAUUACGCCAUCUGAGAACUCAUCUCCACCGAUAAGUUUUGAAUUCGACAGUAUGGACGAUAUUGACCAUCACGUGUCAUGCUCUCCCACUUGCGAGAUUAUAAAUGAGGUCUCACGUGAAGUCAGUUACACUGACAGUCAUUCCUACUGCGAUCGAAGGGAGAGUACCAAGUCUUGCUCAGAACCAAAUGAAAUGGAGAAUGCAUACUUCCGGAGAAAUAGCAGUAAGAAGUCCUUCCGGGAAUCACACAGGACGAGUUCUAAACGACGGCGCGAAGGACUAAGCAUGCGCCGUUGUGAAUCUAAUCCAGAAGAAGAUUCUGGCACAACAGUGGAAAGAAUCAUUUAUGAUAUUCCUGAUGAAUCAAAGGAAGAAACUCUGGAAAGCAAUGAAAAGGUGCAUUUUUAUAAUAGCUCUGAAGAGCAAACUGAAAGUAAAAGUACAGAAACAAUCACUGCAAGCUCUGAAACAGAAAGUGAAAAUACUCAGCAACAAAAUGUUGUGUUAGGCAAUGUAACACAUGACUGUCCGCUAAAUCAAACAAAUCAAACAGAUGAAAAUAUCAAACCAAAUCAAAAUAUUCCUUCUGAUAAAGAUAGGGACGUUGUCUCAGAGUGUGAUACAAAUGAUGAUUCAAAAGAAAAAUGUAGGAGUCAGAAUACACAAAAGAGUUCCUUUGUAAUAAAUUUUAAGAAAGACCAGCAAAUGAAUAAGACGAGGCGAUAUGAACCUAAGUUUGACAAAAGAUUACUUCCAAACGUUCCUAGGACGUUGAACAUCAAGCCAUAUGCAACAUUACGUAAUCCUAAAUCUACUUUAUCAAAAUCCAAAAGCGAGGAUCGUAAUGUGAUGUGCAAUGGUGACAUAUCGACAAUCAAACAGUCUCAAAAGGAGAACAACAAUGAAAAACAUUUCUCUGAUACAAGCAUUCACAAAGUUGUAAAAAGUAAACUGGAAAGAUCUCAAAGUAUUGAAGACGAAAAUGAACUAAAUGGUGACUUUAAUUUUUUACUCACGUGUAGAGUGUGCGGUAAGUACAAAGAUCAAACUUUGAAAAUUUCUGCUGUGUGUACGUGCACAUCAGACAUUUUGCUGCAUUCCGACAAUACUAAAUGCGAAGAACACCGGUCCAUGAGUGGUCGUCUGAGCGAAGGUUUGAAGAGAAAUGAGAGCAGUUGUGAUGAUAAUGACGUAUGUGAGGAUGAUGACGUUAUGCAUCCACUGUUGAAGAAAUAAACAUUGAAGCCAAAUCAGGGAUACUGAUCCUAUGGAAUUUUAAUCAUCAAUAUGCAACA